CUCGCCCGGCAGGACGCCCCUGCGGGCUCCCCUCCCGCGGCCAUGGUGACCCUGGGCCUGUCCAGGGUGGACGACGCCGUGGCUGCCAAGCACCCGGGCCUCGGGGAGUACGCCGCCUGCCAGUCCAACGCCUUCCUGAAGGGCAUUCUCACCUUCGUCACAGGUACCGGCGCAGCCCUCGGCCUGCAGAUGCUGCUGCACCGGAAGCGCCCGUACCCCUUGCAGUGGAGCGUGUUGGUGGCCAUGGUCUCAGGCUCCCUGGCCAGCUAUGGGGUGACACGGGUGGAGACCCAGAAAUGCAACAACCUCUGGCUCUUCCUGGAGACCGGGCAGCUCCCCAAAGACACAGAUACACCCCGCUAGGAGACACCCAACGUGGGGGGCGGGAUGGGGGGCAACGAUCCAGAGGAACUCCGGGGACACAGCCUGCCCAGCCUGGCCUUUCCUGCACCCAGACCAGAAAGGACUGUCCCUGGGGUGGUGGCCUCGGAGGCACAGCUGUCCCUGGGAGCGAGAGCAUUGUGCUCCGGUUGCCACUGAGGGCGGCAGCAGCUGGGGGGCGGGGUGGUGAGGGAGCCCCUCUGGCAGCCCCUCUAGCCCUCUGUCCCCAGGAGUCAACAGUCACAGCAGCUGCUGGGGUUGCCUGGCCAAUAAACAGCUGUCCCUUUA